AAGGGGCUGUUUGCACAGUGUUUAUUCGGGUGGAAAGAGAGAGGAGACAGCUGGCCGACCGCCGCUGCCUGGGUCUGCCUUGCUCUGCUCCCCGUGCUGUCUCCACAGAGCUCGGAAACAGUUAACCCUUGAAGAGCGGGCUGGGCAAUUCUCCGGCCUCUGACAGCUUUCUUUGGGGUGAAGCACAGAGGUAUUUCUGUGGCCUCUUACUGGCUGGAAAUACCGUCUGGGUCCUUCUGGGCUCAUUCGUGGUGCCUUCCUCGCCUUCCGGGCCUGUGUUGGGCGACGCUUCUGCUGGUUUUGAAUAAGAAUAUGCCGAGUCUUGGGUUCUGAGUCAGACAGUGGCAGAGUCGGGGCUGGAGACGGGUGACCCGGCAAACUCAGCUGCCUUCAGUUUCUCCCCUGAACAAGGAGGGCUACAACCCCUGCCUCCUGCGCAGAGGGCACGUACACAUUGACGGGGCUGGGACCGCAGCUGGUCCAUCCUGGACAGCCCCGCUGCGUUGCAACGCUCCCUCACAUGGCUCAGGGCCGUCCCCACGUCUGGCUCGGCUGCCGGGAGGUGCUGCCUCUUCGUGCCUCCUGUUGCCAGACAGGAUGGAGAAACAUCUACCUGGCUUUUUUAAGACAACAACCCCAUGAGGGCGAUGUUCCCGUGUUCCCAUUUCGCAGAUGAGAGCACAGUGGCUCCCAGAGGGUAGGAGUCUUCCCAAAGGUGACUUGGCCAGGGGGCCCCAGAGCCGGCCGUUACGUGCCCUGAGCAUUGGGGACCGUGCCAGCAAGAGGAACAAGAGUCGGCCACGUUCAUUACCAGAAUUUACCAGAAUCAGGGUGACGGGGUUGGAAUCACAGAGCGGGAUGCUGGGAGGCUCCAGGCCGGCCAGAGAUUGUGUAACUGUGCUUUCUGGAGCCCAGCCAGGCCGCAAAACAAACAGAAGGGCUGGAAGCAGAAACCUCACAAAAACUGCCCGCAGAAACCAGCGAUUUAGGCAAUCGAGGAGUUUUUCUUUCGCUGUUUAUUAUAAAUCACCAGUGGUAAUUAAGCGCCCAUCAGAGCGGCUUGCUGGCUGGACAUCUCAGACCAGAUCGCCUCCUCUUAAGAUGUAGGGGGUCCUGUAAGUGCCGGUUCAAAUGGACCACCCUGUAUGGAGUCACACAGACGAGCAUCACGGAACUGCCUUUGGUGAGGAGAACAAAGAGCACCUUUCCGCGGGGUUCUAGAAUGCGAGAGCUCGGAGGUGAGGAGUGUGCUGGAAAGAGGGCAGAUCCACACGGGGGAAGCAGUGGGCACCACCCGCCCUGGUCCCCACCCGUCCUGCUCGGGUCUCCUCGGUGCAGCAUCCGGGCGCAGAGCCAGGCCGCCCGGGAGUGGGUGGACAGAGUCUGGGAGACAGCCAUCCGGGAGGCUGAGUUCUCGGCGGGCCUGACACCUAGAGAUGCUGAUCCACGGCGCAGGCAGGACACGGAGCAGAGAAGGUGAUGUGGGCGCCACUCUGGUCUGAAAUAGAGUUGAAUGUCUACCUCGGGUCACGCAGUGUUCCAGGUGCUGGGGAUACAAUGGCGAGUGAAAUAGACCCCGUCCCCUACCCCUUGCAGCCUAGACUCUAAUAAGGAACAAGAAGAGUGUGGGGAACUGAUAUGGAAACACCUGACAUCCCAGCAAAGGAAGUCGCAGAGGAAGCCUCUGGAUUGAUAAUGAGGAAGGCCCCUAACCCCGCAGCCACUGUGUUUUUCUAGCACGCACCUGGCACAUGGAUUAUGGACUCCCCCCAGGUGAACAGUGUGGACGCAGACACAUCAGGAGAGCUGCUGAUGUCAGAACACAGACCAGUACUCUCCAGCUGACCAUUCACAAACCUUCAUUGCAAACGAGAGCCCCAAAAUAGUAAAGCUCCCUGGGGUGGCUGUUUACAAAAAAACGGAGUUAAACAUCCAGGUUCUGACGCGGUGACCGCAGCCUGUCUCAGAUUUGUUGGUCCUGGUGGCAGUGAUGUGAUGGAAUGGAAAGUGGUAAACACUGACCCUCGGAGAGAAAGGGCUUGCCCUGUUUGUUAGAGGUGCCCCAUAGCUCAGUUCUGCAGAGAGGGAACGACAGACAGCAGCAACUGGGGCUCCAGCACAGACCUGUGCACUGACUAAAGCAUCAGCACCCGGCAUGAAGACUGAGCCACAGAGACACGGGCACACAGCUAGCCGGUGGUAACGUGACUGCGGUUCAGAAGUUCAGCGGAGAGAGCGUCGAGAGUGCACACCCCUCUUUGCAGCAGGGGAGAGUGGGAAGGGCGAGAGGGAGCGGCAAGUGAGCAAAAAAAAAAAAAAAAAAAGUGUGGACCCAGAAGUGAAAUGUGAUCGCGCGCCAGGAGAAGCCCAGAGGAACCAGCGACCUUGAGCAGCCCAUUCAGGGCGAAGUCAUGGUGGGCUGCUGAGCGGGAGGCGGGCGCGGGGCGGCGGCGAGAGGAAGCGCGCCCAUGGAGAACCCGGUGGCCCCCUGCGUCCUCUACCCAGGGGACGACCACGGCCGCGGGGCUGAGCCCGGGGACGGCUUUGCGCAUGGAGCGUGCGGCCAGCCCGGGGACCGGAGCGGCGCUGCCGAGGCUCCGGGAGAGGGCAGCCUGCAGCCGCCGGACGCGGCCGGGGGGGAGGGCGCCGCGUCCCCGGCGCAGACACCCUGCAGUCUCAGCGCGUCCCUGUGCUUCAGCUCCGGGGACGAGUCCCCGCCGCAGUCUCGCGCCUCCGCGGCGGAGGGCGCAGCGACCUCCCCGCCCUCGUGUCGCAGCGGCCAGCGGGUGGUGGAGACGCAGUGGGAAGUCGGCAGCGCGGGCGCCGGGUCCCCGGCGGAGCGCGCGUCGCCGGAAGAGCCCGCGUCCCUGGAAGAGCGCAGAUACCCCGAGGAGCCCGCGUCCCCGGAAGAGUCCGUGUCCCUGGAGGAGCCCGCGUCCCCCGAGGAGCGCGCGUCCCCGGAAGACCCCGCGCCCCCCGAGGAGCCCGGGGACCCCGCGCCUCUGCCUCCCGGCGUCGGGCCCGAGCACGGGGAGCCCGACCUGGUCAUCGAGGUGUCGGGCCGCCGGCUGCGGGCGCACAAGGCGGUGCUGGCGGCGCGCAGCGACUACUUCCGCGCGCGCGCGUCGCGGGACGUGCUGCGGGUGCAGGGCGUGGGUUGGGCGGCGCUGCGGCUGCUGCUGGCCUACGCGUACAGCGGGCGCAUGGCGGGCGUGCGGCCCGAAAACGUGGCCGAGGUGGUGGCCGGCGCGCGCCGCCUGCAGCUGCCCUGCGCCGCGCAGCGCGCCACCGACGCCGUGGCGCCGCAGCUGAGCCUGGCCAACUGCUACGAGGUGCUGAGCGCGGCCAAGCGGCAGCGGCUGGCCGAGCUGCGCGACGCCGCCUACCGCUUCAUGAGUGACCACUACCUGGAGGUGCUGCGCGAGCCCGCCGUCUUCGGGCGCCUGUCGGGCGCCGAGCGCGACCUGCUGCUGCGCCGCCGCCUGCGCGCCGGCCGCGCCCGCCUGCUGGCCGCCGCCCUGGGGCCGGCCGGGGAGCGCGCGGGCAGCCGGCCGCAGAGCCCGUCGGGGGAGGCGGAGGCCCGCGGCGAGGCCGCCGUCUACUGCCUCCACGAGGCGGCCGGCGAGUGGCGCGAGCUGACGCGGCUGCCCGAGGGCGCACCGGCACGGGGCUGCGGCCUGUGUGUCCUCUACAACUACCUCUUCGUGGCCGGAGGCGUGGGGCCCCCGGGGCCCGACGGCCGCGCGCGCCCAUCCGACCAGGUCUUCUGCUACAACCCGGCCACCGACCGCUGGAGCACCGUGCGGCCGCUGCGCCAGGCGCGCUCGCAGCUGCAGCUGCUGGCCCUGGACGGCCACCUGUACGCCGUGGGCGGCGAGUGCCUGCUCAGCGUGGAGCGCUAUGACCCGCGCGCCGACCGCUGGGCCGCCGUGGCCCCGCUGCCCCGGGGCGCCUUCGCCGUGGCGCACGAGGCCACCACCUGCAACGGCGAGAUCUACGUGUCCGGGGGCUCGCUCUUCUACCGCCUGCUCAAGUACGACCCGCGGCGCGACGAGUGGCAGGAGUGCCCGUGCAGCAGCAGCCGCGAGCGCUCGGCCGACAUGGUGGCCCUGGACGGCUUCAUCUACCGCUUCGACCUCUGCGGGGCCCGCGGCGACGCGCAGGCGGCGGCCGGGCCCGGAGGGGUCAGCGUGCUCCGCUACCACUGCCUGGCCAAGCAGUGGAGCCGCUGCGCCUCGCACCUGCGGCCCCCGGGCGCGCCGUCCGGCCUGCAGCCCUUCCGCUGCGCCGCCCUGGACGGCACCAUCUACUGCGUGGGCCGCGCCGGCACCUGGCGCUUCGUGCCCCCGCAGGACGGCGAGCCCGGCGCGGACGCGGGCGCCGGCGGCAGCUUCGAGCCCGAGUCCCUGCGAGCCCCUUGGGACGCCCGGGGCGUGCUCUUCCCUUUCGUCCUCAACUUGCCGGAGAAGCCGGACAGAGGCGAGGAGGGUGCCGCGUAGGGCGGGCCCAGGCCACCUGGGCGUCUCCUUGGGCAGCCCUGGGACGAGGAGCUUCCCUUGGGCUGAGGUCCCAGCUGGGAAGGGGCGAAGGGAGCGGAGGAAGGGAGGGGAGGUGGGCGAGUGGGCCGCUGGCCGCGAGGAUGGGUUAAACGCUUUGAAGGUAGAAGCCUGUCUUGGGGCCUUGAAGACUUUCUGCCAUGCUGUGCUAAGGUCGGCUUCCCUAUUCUGCAUUCCUUUCUGCUUCGCUUUGCUUAAUGGGGUCGGUGGCGUGAGAUGUAGGAUGUGCUCAAAUAGAUAACUUUACAGAUAAGACACAGGAUAUCUGAGGGAGAAGGCGAUGGAAUCAAAAGAUUAAGCUUCAAGGAACAGUGGGUGGGGCCCGGAGUGAACCGCGGUGCGCCCAGGAUGUAUUGAGGGUGUACCCAGGGUUUACCUGGGCGUGCUCAGGUGUACCUGGCGUGCACGAACGCCGGGAGUGGAGUGGAGAGGAGCCCAGACUUGAACUCUGGCAGCUUGCUGCGUGAUGAGAAGGCCCGGGGACAGCUCGGGCCACCAAGCCAGAGUGGGGACCCUAAAGUAGGCCGAUGUGAACUCUACUGGUGGGACCACUGAAAGAAGGCCACACUUUUUUGGCUUGAAGUUUAGAAUUAUAACUAACAAGUGAAGCUCUUAAAACCUUUCUAACUUAGUUUGAAAGUUCACGCCACCACGUGUUCAGGGUUUGGUUGGCUCAACUCCAAACUCAAUAAGCAUUAAAGACAAAAUCUUUGAUUACCAAUAUGAUCUCCCGUCCAGUAGCGUGGGAGGUAUUUCCUCUGUGGUGCCAUAGAUACCAUGAAUGGGGGAGCGCACACCCCCCAGCCCCCUCUGGAGCAGUUCCAUCUCACUGUGUAACUGAGAUGGGUGUUUAACAUUUUUCAAGUUAAAGGAUGUUAAUAAUUAUAUUCAAUGAUAUAGUAAUGAUUGACUAUUUGAAUUUUAAGUCUUUGGUGACUAAAUGUUUACCAAAGAACAUGUCACGAAUUGGAAAGCCGACCCGCAAGGGAGCUUGUCUAUUGUAAAAGGAACCUUUGAUAGCCGCUGUAUCUGCUCAGCCAUGUCCACAUUUUAUAAUGGGUUGAAAGAGAGUAUUAUUCUAAAAAAAAAAAAAAGAAGGUUAAAAUCACUUUUUCUGACAGUUCUAAAGACAAACAUGCAGGCCCAUUUUGAACCCAUGACUUAUGAUGUUUUAAAUAUGUAUUAUGUAAUUCCAGUGAGGAAAAUUAAUUUUUACAAGCAUCAUUCUAAGAAAAUGUGGCAGAGUGACAAUGAGCAUAUUGACAUAAGGGGAAAUAACAUAUAUUUAUAAUGUAGUUUAGCAAGUAAAAUACAUUUUUCCAAUUGUGAAUUCCAAAAUGCUCUGAUAGAAUUAACAUGAAACUCAUGACUUUGACAGGACGCAAGGAUUAAAAACAAAUUGAUUAAUCUUUCCUCAUUUGUUAUAGCAUUUUACUUUCCAAACAUGUAUAGACAGGGUUCACUGUAUAUUGAGUUUAAGGAUAAAAUAUAUGCUCACAAAUACAGGCAAACUAAUUUGGACUCUGAAUCCAAUCCAUUUUUUGAUUAUAAGAAGAAAAGUAGACAUUGAAAGUUCCUGGAACAUAAUUAGAUGAAAUCAUACAUACGUUACUGUUACUUACUUGUUAACCCAGUGGUAGGAGUUGAUAUCUGUAGCAAUCAGUGGGUAAUUGGGAAAUAGCUUAUGCUUUUUGAAGAGUCUGUGGUUAUGAAAGUUAUAAGACAAGUAUGUUUAGAAAUGAUCAGCUUGAAUCUUAUGCAUGUGCCAGAGGAAUGGCAUUCACGGUUUCAGUUGCAGUGUGUUCUGGGGACUUGUGUGCUUGCUCAUGAACUGAGGGAUAUCUUGGCAACUUGGUUAAUCAUCUUGGGAAAGAAAAACAGACUUCAUAGUGCCUGACUUUAUUGGCCAUUUAUUGCAGUAGACUGGGAAAUGGUGGUAGAAAAAAACUUACAGCAAAAGGAAACAAAUCAUGUUCUUUUAAAGAAAUGUACAUUUCAUGUUGUAGUACAUCUUUCUCUAGAAUUUUAUUAUUUAUGCCAAAACAUUUGUAUGAAAUAGGACCAGACUAAUAUUUUCAUUCCUUACAUUUCAAAUCCGUGAACUGUUAUCACUGUUGACUUACUUGAGGAGUCGUUCCUCUGAUGUUUAUCGUUUAAAAUCCUGAAAGUGGGUUUCCAAAGUAAAAUGGUUCCCCUAAGAGAAAUAUUGAUGUCAGGUGUGGACAGCCACACACCAGCAACGCCCAGCUGGAGUUUUUGUAUAUUAUUUUAUCAUUUAAUUUGAUAAAAGAAUGCCUGUGCCAGACAUAGCAUCACUUCCUCUGGGAACUGGGUUCCAAGUCCCAGGGAUUUGUCAAAUGAAAUACACAGGGAACCUCAGGAUAAGUGAAAGGAUGUAGGCUAUUAGAGAUCAUAUUUCUAAGUAGUAAGAUCACAUAAAAACAAACACCAGGGGACCUGGCAUGCCAUGAGGACCACUUUAUUUUUCUUUUUGGGGCCAGUACCGGGGGCGUUGAGCCAGAAGGGUUUACAUCAAUUAAACAGAAAAGGCACCUCCUUCACGGCAGUUGGUUUGGAGGAGUGCUGGGGGGGAGGGGAGAGGCAGGCAUUGCUGAGACUCGCCCCAAGGUCUGAUGUUCUGAGAAGGAUCUUUUCGUAUUCAAUGUGAUGUUCUAAGUCUGAUACUAUUCAGAAAAUCAGUUGGUGCAAAAUAUUCCUGGUCAUCGAUCAGUCAAGAGUCAAAUGAAGCUAAUGCAUUUAUGACAUCCAUCCAUAAUUCUUAUAAAAUUAGGCAACCCACGCACAGUGACAUUUCCAAAUACUGGAAAGAACCAGUGACAUUUUCAGGGGAAACUGGUAUGCACAAAAGCUUGAUCUUUUGGUUAGUUGACAAACAAUGACUUUUGUACUGUCAAUCAGGGUUCAUUUGGAACCCAAAGGAAGGGGCUUAAGAUGUCUUGAUUUUCUUUCUGUUUUUAUUCCUGGUCUUGGGAACAACCCCCACACUAGCGCGGACUCUUGGCGACUUUGUGGAGCUGGGUUUGGAACUUAUUUGAUUUCUGAGUGAUGGUGGCAACUUUUCCUUUGAGAGAAUGUGUCCUGUGGAAAUUCUUUUGCUACUUAGUUAAAUCUCUUACCUGUAACCAUUUUGCUACAAAUACUUAAGUAAGAAAUGAAUCCUCUGCUCCAUUUCUGUUAACUUCUGGUGUCACCUUCAUAAUUCUGGUGGCAGCUGUGUAAUCUGUUGGUUUCUUGGGUAACUUCCUGUAGCAGAUUUUGAAAUGGAAUGUGUCCGAGGUCUUUUUGCCUUUUCUUAAAGUCAAGAAAGUUUUAGGACAUCAUCUGUUGUAACAGCUUUAUGGGGCAAAUGCAAACAAAAGUGCUGUUUUGUGUUCUGUCUUAUUUUAGAUGCUUUCCUAGUUUAUAAAAUGUCUUAUUUUGGUGUUUAAAAAAAUCAGCGUUCUUAUUUUCCCCCUUUCCUCUGCAGUAUUAUUUGUGAAAAGAUAUGAGAGCUAAAAAUGGAGACGUGCACGUGUUUUGGUUGCAUCUGAAUUUGUCAGAAGCUGCUUUCUCUACACCUUGUCCACCCCUAGGCCGAUGCCUGGACCACACCGCUCCUGCUUUCCAGGCAGGAGCUGGCAAAGGCAGGCUCUCUCCAUGCUUAGUGAGUCGGUUUGAAAUGGAUUGAAAUAAAAAGCUAGCUGUGUCCUCCUGUGAGGUUAAAGCUCCUCUGAAGCUUUUUAAAGCUGUAAGACAGCCCUGCAGUGUUGCCGUUUCUCUAAGACGAACCUUCCUGUUUCAGGCGCACACCAGGCCGGCCGAUGCUGUCUAUGCGGUUAAUGUAUUUAUUAAUGGUUCAGGUUUUAAGUCCCAGGCACAAAUACUGUAAAACCUCAUAUGUCUGUCCGUUUAUGCCAAGAUGAAAUAAAUCGUUGGAAUGCCA